AUGAACGGCGAGGUGGUGCAGGAGGCCUGCGCCGUGCUGCUGGAUGAUAGGAAUUUUAGAUGGUUCCUCCUGUCGUUGUUCGGUCUGGUCCACGUCGGCGGGGGCAUCCUCCUAGGAUCCGGGCGGCCGUCGCUGUUCAUGCCAUCAUCGGCGGCCGCAGCGAUGGAGCACGUGUUGUCGAAUAGCAAGGAGCGAGGUACCGAGGCGGGCCGGGAUGUCCAGCAGGCGAGUACCCGUCCCCCGCUGGAGUGCGCGGUCUGCCUCCUGGAGUUCGGCGACGACGACAGCCUCCGCCUCCUGCCGGCGUGCCCGCACGCGUUCCAUCCGGAGUGCAUCGGCCUCUGGCUCGCGAAGCACGUCACGUGCCCGCUCUGCCGCGCCAGCGUCCUCGACCCGCCGGUCCUUGACCCUGAGGAGCUGAUGCAGCCUCCGUCGCCGGAGGAGGAAAUGCCGGCGCCGCACGACUCGCCGCGCCGGCUCGCGGAUCACGACACGGUGGUGGUGCUAAUCGAGGACCCCGGCUGCGACGAUGAGGAGGACGAGAGGACAAGGAUCCUUGCGAGGAGGAUGCGGUGCGAGGCCGCCGGGCGCCAGGCGCUGCCGCGGUCGAACUCGACGGGGCACGAGCGCGCCGGCGGGACGGAGCAAUUCGCGCUGCGGCUGUCGGAGCACGUACGGCUCGAGAUCCUUAUGUCGCACAGGCUGAGGCACGUGACGAGCGCAGUCGCGUCCGUGCGCGUGAGGGAAUGGAGCGCCCAUAACCCAAGCGCCGGCGGGAAUUCGGUGUGGAGCGCCGUGGCGAGGCUGCUCUCGCUUUUCACGCCAGGGGACGGGCGGAGGGGAGACGACGAGGAGAAGUCCGGGGGUCGUCUCGAUAGAUCCGUAUCCGUGCACCCUCCAUCGAUCUGCCUGGCUGGGGAGGCCGGUUCGCCGGCGGCUGGGUUGGAUCUGUGCUCCGGCACGGAAUCGAGAAGGAAUGGGGAUUCAUAA